UUCCCGGCUAGUAAACAAACCGAAUUUCCUCGAGAUUUUUCUCCCGAUUUUCCAUUCCACGGUUAGUUUUAAGCCGGAAAACCAUGUUCACCGUAGUUCCUUCGCGAUUCCAAGGAUUGAAAAUAGAAGACGAAGAGGGGUUUCGAUGGGUUGGGAAACCAAAGAAAAAUUCGAAACCAGCCGCUGUUCCGGCUCCGAAACAGACCGCGGUGAAAAACGGACCGGCUAAACAGCAGCCUCCAAAGAAGCAAAAACCGAAACCACCAAAGAACAAAGGCCCGAACGAGGCGGAUCAGAACGAACAGUGGUCCAAAUGGCAGCAAAAGGAUACGGAAAUUUUGGAGAAGAGCUACAUGAGCGACCUCGAACAAGCACUUUUGCAGUCAAAGCUAGACUUUGAGGCCAACAAACCCAAAUACGAUCAAGCCGAAAAAGAUGCUAAACAACAGUCCGCUGCAGCCAAACCCCGUAAACCAAAAGCCCUGUCUUUGCACGAGUUUCAGGAAAAGGUACAUAACGAUAUGAAGCAGAAAGAACAGCAACGGCACCGGAAACAGGUAGAAGAUGAGUACAACAAGAACUACACGUUCUUCGAACAAAUCGAUCUCGAAACAAAGCAAAUCAUCAACAAGGAACAGAUGAAGGCGCUGUUUCAAACCAAAGAUAUCUCUGCGAUGGCCAACAGUGCGAAAAACGUGUCCAAGAAAGGCAGUAAGCGCACGGCUGCCAACGAAACUCCCAGUGAGUUGGAUCUGCUGAAGGCCGAAAACAAGGAGCUAAAAGAACAAUUGUAUCUGCUAAGCUUCGAGCUCAAAAACGUGGCCCUUAAGCUGUCGAGUGCGGAAAUGAAGGAAAAGGGGGAGCUGCUGCUGGAGAUUGAACAGCUGAAGCGAGUGCAGGAAGAUAUGACGGCCGAAAUGACCGCUCUCUAUGGUGAACUGGAGCAAGCCAAAUCCAAAUCGAACCAGGAUGCCAAGUUCAAGGAUAAGAUUAAGUUACGAAAAGCCGUCCAGUCUGGAAAUGGUACGGAACAGCAGUCUACCGGUAAUUAGAGCUGCUUAUCGUACUUUUCGUAACUUUUGUAAACUCGAAUCUCAUAAUCUGUGAAAUUGUAAUGAUCUUGAAAUAAUAAAGAAGUCUUCGGUAAGCGAAAGCUGCCAAG